AUGGUAGACCCGACCAGAGCAUUCAUCCCACGCCUGGACAUCACGCAGCCGACUCUGGCAGCCAUGAACCUGAGGGCCCCCGACAGGGCGGUCUACUGCCGCCCAUACGACAACUACCACGAGCUCAAGCACUUCGUCCACGGCGCGGCCAGUACCGGCAUGACCCUGACCACCAAGUGCGUCAGCUGCUCCAACGACCCGGCCCCGCUCGACUACGCCGACCGCAACCUCUUCUCCAUGUCCUACCCGCAGAACGGCCCCGGCUUUCCCUGGCUCGUGGCGGACAGCAAGGCCCAGGGUCAGCACAUGUGCUUCAUCCUGCCCUGCGGGCACCUGAUGGGCUGGUCGUGCAUGGAGCGCCACAAGAACGACCACUCGAACCGCUGCCCCCGUUGCCGCACCAUCUGGUUCCGCCUCGAGGCCGCGACGCACUGCCAGCACCCCAUCGUGGUCAUCCCCCUGCGGCAGGCCACCGUCCUGUCCGAGGAGGAGGAGGAGUGGCUGAUCCCCCCGGGCGGCUACCUGCUCGACAAGUGCCGCCUGUGCGCGACCGUCGACGCCCUGCGGGACCUGACGGUGUUCCUGAGGAACGCGAUCCCGGGUGACGGCAGCUGCUCGUACGCGACGGACGGCACGCUCAACGGGUUCCUCGAGGGUGACGACCUCAAGCCGUUUUCGAACCUCGAGAUUGGUAUUGAGCCGCCCGUGGUGCCUGAGGGGCUGAUGGAGGAAGUAAGGAGGGUGGAGGGGAUGAUUGUAAGGAACUAUGAGGGGCGGACGCCCAAGGCCGAGUCGAGGAUGGUGGGCGCCGGCUGGGGCAGGCAGUUUUGCUUCCGAGUCGCCGGGCUGGCGAGAUCGCCUAACUAG